AUGGGGGAGGGGACGGAGUCGGGGACAGACGGGAAGGUGGAGUGUGGAUCGCAGACAGAUUCCCUUGGCUUUGUCUGCAACUCAAACUCUCACAGCAACAUUGAUGAAUUAAAGGCCAAACUAAAUCAAGCUCUUGGGUUUGGACUUAGCAAUCGUUUCUGCCGCGACUUCCUGAGUGCUCUGACAGGAAGGUUGGCCCCGGAGGAGUUUGCCGGGUCAGUGGGGCGGGUCAACACUGUGCUGCGGAAGACUCUGCCUGUGUCUGCCCGCUGGCUCCUCUGUGGCUGCUGCUUCUGCCUCUGUACCUGCGGCUGUUCCCUCUGGCCCGUCAUCUGCCUCAGUAAACGGACGAGAAAUGCAAUAGAGAAGACUUUAGAGGCGGAAAACACCAACCUAUACCACAAGCUUGGCCUUCACUGGAGACUCACUAGACAGAGAUGUGAUAAUUCCUCCCUCAUGGAAUAUGUGUUGGUGAUUGAAGUGAUACCCAAAAAGACAUUCUACGGCCGGACUGAUGGAGCGGAGUGGCCUUGUACCCCCAGGCAGCUGCUCACUGACGGGACCCCACCCACCCUCUCCCCCUCUCGGCUGGUCAGUGAACGUGCAAGUAAAUUUUCUGACGGUCACACUGCUGUUGAAGAGAUUUUUUAUUAUCAUUAUUAUUACUAUUAUUAUCAUUACUAUUGUCUGCUUUAGCAUUUAUUUCAUUGCACAUGGACAUUGCAUUUAUACAUGGUCAUAUAUACAACCUACUGAUGCACACAGACACAUGCACAAACAUACAGACACAUACACACACAAAGUAAUCACUCAUUCCCAUGCUACCCUUGUCCCCAAGUGUAGCCAGUCAUACAUAACAUAACCUGUAUAUAUAUAAACACAACCAACCAUUACAUACGUAUAUGUAUAUGAAGAUUCCGUUGCAUAUAGACUGUAUCAUAACGACACGCCGCCACUCUGUACAUAGCGACGCUGUGGACUCAACACUACGAAGUAUUUUUGAUGAAGAAAGAAAGAAAAAAAAACAUAACCAAACAUUUGGGGGUCUGUCUGUCUUGGGGUUCGUCAUUGGGGUUUGUCAUUUGUUCCCACGGGGUGAGUCAAGUACAACACCCAACACCGUGCCGCACUGGGGGGCCACCACUGCCUCCUCCGGCCACCUCCAGGGGUUCACCAGCCUUGUCUUGUGAGGUGCUGCUGUCACACAAUUGGUACCAGCUCAUCCUCCCCAAAAAAACUUCCCGUUCCUCGAUCACAUGAAGAUAAGCUCACAUUUUUGGACUGGGUUGGGUUACGUUAGGUUAGGUUAGGUUAAGGUUGGGUAUUUAAGAAUGGGUUAGGUUAGGUUAAUAUAUAUUAGAAGAGGUUAGAUUAAGUUAGGAUACAUUAAGAUUGGUUAACUUAGGUUAGGUUAGGAUAGGUUAUAUGUUCAAAUGCAUGACUGUGUGUGGAGUGUGUAAUGGAAGUAGUGAAUGACAGCUUGAGUGUUUAAGGGGCUCGAUCUUAAGGCCAAACCGAUCUUAAGGUUUGGCCGUGUACAGAGAAUGAGAGACAGAUGAGUGAGUGUGUGAGUGUGGCAGAAGAGAACUCAGUGAGGUGAGAGAAGAGAGUGUGGCAGUGUGUGAGAGGAGAGAGAGAGAGAUGUAUGAGAGAGCUGGAUAGAAACAAGUGGAGAUUCUGUUCUUAGGGGGCAAGUUAUGAAUUGAAACCUAAACUAACUUAAUCUUAGCUCACCCAGAACCAAUGAUAGAAGUGGCUUAUCGUUCUGUCAUCCUUGCUGUCUCCCCCUUCUCUUUUUCCCUCUCUCUCUCUGUCUUUCUCUCUCUCCCUCUGUAAGUAUCACAUCACACACACAUAUUGUAACACGGGUCAGUCACUGUAAAUGCUUCAUCACUCUUUUUUAUUCACCGUAGGAUGUAAAAAAAAGGUAUAAAAACAAGAUAAUGAGAGAAAGUGGUACUAUAUUUUAAAACAGGGGCAGUCAGUCAGGCCACUCAUGAAUCCUGUUAACCUUUUCUACCUGUCUAUUUGUCGUGAAGUGACAGCGCGAGUGUGUGUCGUGUGAGUCAAUAGGCAUGUGAUUUUUGCUGCCCUUACCUGCCCCUCUCCCUAAACACACUGAAAGGGUUGACAUAUCACCGACUGUAGAUCUGAGUGCUUGUGUGUGUGAGUGUGUGUUACUGUACUACAUGAAAGGGUGUGUGUGUGAUUCAUUAACAGCUCCCUGCCUUCCCCGUGGUCCCAACCUCACACCUACACCCACACCCAGCCAUACCACAGUGCAUUUCUCUCCUCUGAAGCCUCCACACACUACACAGGUCACAAGGCACAGGCAGGGCAGCACCAAGAGAACACUACACUUGCAUAGAAAAUAGAGGAGGUACAUGAGUUUCACCCCUUCAGUACUGUGAUGCAUCUUUACCACAAGUUUGGGUAAGAUUUGAGAAUUUACAUUAGGAAGCAUCUAUGGAGUUCAGAAGAUUAAUGGUCAGUCUUCACUAUUCUACCCCCUACAUGAGUUUUGAAGCUAUUCGCACAUAAAAUCAACUAGCAAGCAAAGAAAAAGGUGAAAAUGUGUCAUGGUACUGAAAGGGUUAAGGUCUUGUACAGUAUGGCUCAUUUUCUCAAGAUUCUGUACAGGAGAUUGUGAGACAGGAGCAAAUUAAGGUGAAUAGAGGAGGUUUAUGAAGAUAACUAUAUAGACUAAUAUGCAGCCCUUCAGACUAUUACAUCCCAGAAUGAAUGCAACCCUAUGUAGGCUGAAAGAGAGAGAGAGAGAGAGAGAGAAUGUCUUGCUAUGAUAACAAAGACAUGGAGUGCUCAGCCUACCUUCAUGCAAAAAGAUAUUAGCUGCUGUCAGUAUACAAGAUAGGAGUAACACUGGGGACAACACUUCUGGACUUUUGUAACACCACCACCACCACCACCACUACUACCUCUCCUGUCUUCAACUUCAAGAACUCACAGAAAAACGUGCUUUAAAAGAUGAAGGAAGUAAUUUGCUCAUUUUAGAGAAAGUGUACAUUAAUAUUUGUCUCUUCACUGCAUAAUUGUAUUGGAUAUUGAUUGAGAGAAUGAUUGGUGGUGAGGACAGCAGUAGGUUUAUGUCAAAGUAGAAGCUAAUGUGCAGAAAUGUUAAGAUGAUUUGUAAAAGGAAAGUUUAUGAGUGUGUGGAAUGGAUUAGUAAGAGGUGUGUGUGUGUGUUUUAGCAAGCAAUACUGGUGCUUUGUUUUUGUAUGUGCUUGUGUGUUGCAUUUGUGUGUUUGGUUACCUGAUCACUUCAUAACCUGGUGAUUGCAAGGCAGAAAGACUGAUAUUGCUUCUCUUUGCCAUUGGAUGUUUUGAGGUACAACAUUUUUUUUAGAUUUGUAUAUUUUUCUUCAUCAGGGAAAUGCAAAAUAGAAAAUGUGACGUGAGGGAAGUUGUAUUUUGAUAGUUUAUGAUGUACUGAAGUAGAUUUUUCUUAUUAUUUUUCUUCUUUUGUUUUUGUAUAUAAUUAUUUAGUGUUAUUUUUUUUUUUUUUUUUUUUUUGUUAGGGAAGUUUCAUAUUUUACGAUGUAGUAGAGUAGAUUUCUUAUAUCUUAUUUUUAAAAAAUUUUUUUUAUACAUAUAUAUAUUUUCUUUUUUGUUACGGAAAAUACAAAACCGAAAAAUAUUACUGAUUCAUCCAGCAUGUAAUAUUACAAUGUGUGCUUUUAUUUUGUAGCUUCCAUGCUUGCAAAAUGUCAUUCAGGAAAAAAAUAAUUACAAAAACGAAAAAAGACGAAAAAAAACAAAAAUUAAUUCAUAUGCGUUUGCCAUUUUGAACUCUGUACAUAACAAUUAUAAAUCCACGCCUUUGAUCAAUUAACGGCAUUUCACAGGUACUGACGAACCGUACAAGUAUAUCAUUGACAAGA